AUGGUUCACAUCGAAGAGAAGUAUCAGGUCCCUCGAGACUUUGAAGGUUUCGGAGAAGAAGGCUUUGACCCAAAAUGGCCCAACGGCGCUCGUAUAGCUGUAUCAUUUGUCCUGAAUUAUGAGGAGGGUGGCGAGCGCAGCAUUCUUGAUGGCGACAACAUGUCSGAGCCGUAUCUGUGGGAAAAGGGAUCAUCCGGUGGCUAUAAAGAGAAUGCUCGCUACCUUAACGCCGAGCAAGACUUUGAAUACGGAAGUCGCUCCGCUUCCUGGCGACUGAUUCGAUUGUUCAAGGAGUUUGGCUGGAACUUCACGACGUAUGCGGUUGCCGUUGCACUGAAGAAGAAUCCUACUUUCGCCAAAGCACUAGUACGAGACGGUCACGAAAUCGCUGCUCAUGGAUAUAGGUGGCUUGACGUGUGGGAUUACAAUCUUGAACAAGAUAAAGAAUACAUUAAGAAAACUUUACUGUUGCUCAAGGAAGUGAGCGGUGAAAUGCCCGUGGGUGCUUACUUUGGGCGUGGAACACCACAAACACACAUGUUGUUCCCCGAAGUAUGGAAAGAACUGGGCGCAGAAUUUCUUUGGUCUUCUGAAGUCUACAAUGACGACGUCCCUUACUGGCUUGAUCUUCCAUGGGAGAAGUCUUUGAAAGAAGAGGAGCGAACGGGAAUGUUGCUGAUUCCAUACAACUACGAUUGCAACGACGGCAAAUUCCACAUGGCCCCUGGCUUCGGCAGCAGUGUGGCCGAAAGCUACGAGAAUUACCUAAAAAACACAUUCGAUAUGCUAUACCGCGAAGGCGGAAAAAUGAUGAAUAUCCCUCUUCAUACACGAAUUAUCGGAAAGCCUGGUCGAUGCGAGGCGUUGAGGAAGUUUAUGAAGUACAUUUCUGAGAAACCUGGUGUCUGGGUCACGACGAGAAGGGAUAUUGCUAAACAUUAUAACGAAAAAUUUCCAUAUCAGCCUGAUGGAAAAUGGAUAGAGACUGCUAAGAAGGCUGGUGUGAUGGCAAUUAUCCCGUCUGCGGAAAUUGUCAAAAGGCAGCCGCAGAAUGUGACCUACAUAUAUAUCAAGGCACUGGAAAACCGCAUCGCAGAGCUUGAGAUUCGAUUAGAGACCCCCUCCAACGUCGCAGAGACCCCCUCGUUAGCACAAGACGUUAGAACACAAACCCAGGCAGCUCAGCGAAAUGCACUUGGUGAAAUAGCAGAAUUUCUCACCCUUGGGCAUUUUGAGGGACCGGCCUAUGUAGGCUCGUCGUCGGGAUUCUCUUUAGCGCUCAAUCUGAGGGAAAUGGUUCAAGCAUCUGUCUGGAACAAGGCUUUGGCUACAACAGAUGCUCCAGAGGAUGCAUCAAUUAUAUCAACGCCGGAAACGGGCCCUUUUCCCAUUGAUCAAAAUCGUGCCGUUAGAGAUAAUAGUGUUCGCGUGCGGCCGUUGACACUAGAAGAAAUUCGGAAAAAGAGUGCAGGUCCUCCAUCCGACGAAGAAGGGUUACGAUUCAUAUCAGCCUACUUCACGCGGGUUGCGACACGAUAUCCUUUCAUGGACUGGGGAGAGAUGGAAAAGCUACAUUCAGACCGGCUUAGACUUUCUACCAGCAACAAUUUGUCGAGGCGAGAAAGAUUUGGAACAUUCAAGUUAUACCUCGUCUAUGCAAUUGGGUCCAGUUUACUCGCUUUGACUGAGAAAGACUUUGCAUCAUCAUCUUCAUCGGAGGUAAGUGUCCAGACUGGAUCGAAGUGA